UUGAAUUUUUCAUGUCAAUGAAACAGACUCCUAUGUCUCCAAACAAACACACCUCUAAUGGAAAUGCUAGUGUUCUGCCACUGGAAAACACGUUUAGCGAUUCACUUGCCAUGUUGAAUUCUGAGAAGGCUGUAGAAGAACUUAUUCAACAGCCUAUUCUUCAUGGGAUUGAUGAUCAUCUGAUUGAGUUUGCUGAGGCUUUGAGAACUGUCGCAAAGGCACUAAGACAAGCUGCUGAAGGGAAGGCUUCUGCACAAGCUGAGGCUUCUGAAUGGAAGCGUAAAUAUGAAUUGGAGAGGACGCAUAAUUUGCAGUUAGAGAAUAAAGCAAUGCCACCAGAGAAGCAUUUGGAUGAGAAUGGGCGAGUCGUACACUUGACAAACAAACCUUUACUAUCAGAUGGUGCUGUGAAGAAAUCCGACAGGUGUUGUGGGGAGCAUGGAAUUUGCUCUCAUCAGGUUCUUCGUGAUGGAGAACAUGAUCAUGAUGCCAGUGUUGUUCCAAACAAGAUGACCAGAAAGGCAUCAUUCAAGUUGUCAUGGUGUUGCAAAGGUGAAAAAAGUGAUCAGAAAAAACACGAUAUUGUCUCUUUUGAAAAAGGAAACAUAACAACUGCUGAACGCAGCAGUAAACAGAUUUCUUUGAAGUGGGAAUCUCCCCCACAAACAGUGCUUAUAUUGACAAAGCCAAAUUCAACUGAUGUUAGAAUACUUUGUUCAGAAUUGGUCAGAUGGCUAAAAGAGCAGAAAAGCUUGAACAUUGUCGUUGAACCGCGGGUGCGCACUGAACUUCUAACAGAGUCAUCAUACUACCAGUUUGUACAAACUUGGGAAAAUGACAAGGAAAUUAUGUCUCUCCACUCAAAGGUUGAUCUUGUUGUAACUCUUGGUGGGGAUGGAACCGUCCUUUGGGCAGCAUCGAUGUUCAAAGGUCCAGUUCCUCCCGUUGUCCCAUUUUCUUUGGGUUCUCUUGGCUUCAUGACCCCAUUUUAUAGUGAGCGUUACAAGGAAUAUCUCGAUUCAAUUCUUCGUGGUCCCAUAAGCAUCACAUUGAGGCAUCGUCUCCAGUGUCACGUGAUUAGAGAUUCAGCUAAAAGUGAUCUGGAUAGUGAAGAGCCCAUACUUGUUCUAAACGAAGUCACAAUUGACCGUGGGAUUUCAUCAUUUUUAACAAAUCUAGAAUGCUAUUGCGAUAAUUCUUUUGUUACCUGCGUUCAAGGGGAUGGCUUAAUUUUGUCGACAACAUCUGGAAGCACUGCAUAUUCUCUUGCAGCUGGAGGAUCAAUGGUCCAUCCUCAGGUUCCUGGCAUCCUCUUUACACCUAUAUGCCCACAUUCUUUAUCCUUUCGUCCUCUCAUUUUGCCCGAGUAUGUGACAAUCCGAGUACAAGUACCUUUCAACAGUCGAGGUCAUGCAUGGGCGUCAUUUGAUGGAAAAGACAGGAAAAAGUUAGCACCGGGAGACGCCCUUGUUUGUAGCAUGGCUACUUGGCCUGUACCAACUGCAUGCCAAGCUGAUUCCACCAGUGACUUUUUACGUAGCAUACACGAAGGUCUUCACUGGAAUUUGAGGAAGACGCAAUCUUUCGAUGGCCCUCGAGAGACAUGAUCAUAUGUUCUAAUCCUUUAUCUGAUAAGGAAAUGAGAGGUUUUCCGAAUAUGUCUUGAUUUGAAGCAGAGCGAUCAUGAUACAUAUAUACACCUAUAUAUAUAUAAGUUCAAAUGUAGAAUUAACUAUGUGGAUGAUGAGUCUCAACUUUAGGUGCUUUAUUGUUGUUUGUAACUUACACAUAUAAUCAUAAUAAUAAGAAUAUAGAAGGAAGUUUGUACCA